AUCAACACGAAUUUAAAACAUGUAACCGUACAACGUAGGGCUGAUAAGAAGCGAAAACUGAGUAAUUGAAACAACUAGGUCGGUGUGACUCAAAUUCAGAGAAAAUGUGAAAGCGAAAAUAAGAUUGAUAGUCAUAGUGAGAAUCGUACGACCAUUCUUUUCAUUUGCACACAAACAUGGCCGCUGAAGGCAGUUUUGAGUUCUUCUCAAACGUCUCGCCAUUCAGCCUUCAACACGAAGCCCCAUUCGCCAUACAGGGGAAAACGUUCAACUGUGUUCUACAGUAUCUAAUGUAUCGGAAGGCAGUUUUAUUCAAUGACAAGGAAACAGCAGAGGACAUCAUGGGAACACAGAAUCCUGACGAAUACGAACUCCUUGGGGGACAGAUCUUCAGGUUUCAUCAUACAACUUGGGAUAAGGAAAGGAUGAAAUAUCUUGAUCUUGCUCUCGAGGCCAAGUUCACCCAGGUCCCAGACUUCCAGGGACAGUUGUUGGCGACACACCCACGAGUACUGGCAUAUGCCUCGCCUGAAGACAACAUCUGGGGCAUUGGUUUAACCAAGACUAAUCCCAAGGCUACGGCCAGAAGACAUUGGAAAGGAGAAAACGAUCUUGGCAAUGCCCUUACUAGAAUCAGGGACAAACACAUGCAGAUGGAAAACAGGCUGGAGGAGGGUAGAGAAUGGGAAGAUGAAGAGGCAGAUGGAAACACAAGUAGGGAUGACAGAAGGCAGGGUCGACAAGGGAACAGCCAGAGGCAGGCGAGCCGGGAAAGCAAAGGGCAUAGUGGGAGAGGGGAGAGUCAAGGAGUUGAGGGGCAGGGAAGCAAGGAUGGCAAACUAAAAAGGACACAUGAGCAAACAGAUCACAACUUGGACAAGCGCAGAAGAAGAAACAUGGGUCCAAGAAACACCACAACAUCCUACACAGAAAUGCCUAACCAGGACAAAUUCGUCCUAUUUUUCGGCAAUCAAUCGCCAUUUAGCCAGCACCAUCGAGCCACUUUCACCAUAGGCGGAACAACAUUCAACUGUGCUGAACAGUACAUGAUGUAUCAGAAGACAGUUAUUUUUGGGAACAAAGAAAUGGAACUAAAGAUCAUGGCGACUUCUAACCCUGUGCAACAGAAGCGAUACGGUCGUCAGAUCCCAGAAUUCAAAUUCGAAGUAUGGAAGAAGCACUUCAUAGAGGUCGUUGACCGGGCCACGGAGGCUAAGUUCUCUCAGAAUCCACAUUUGCUGGAACACCUGGUCGCCACGCACCCUAAGCUGUUGGUGGAGGCGAGUCCAUCCGACCGUUUGUGGGGAAUAGGGCGUGGCCAAAAAGACCCCUUAGCCUGGGACAAGGAAACAUGGCGGGGCAAAAACCAACUGGGCUACAUAAUGACCCGAGUGAGAGAUAGAUUGAUGGAGGUCGAGGACACACACUGGGAGGAAUGGGAGAAGUGGAAGGACGACAAGAGGUGGGAGGAAGAGGUUGAGAAGGAUGUAAGAAGGAAGAAGAGGAAUAAGCGACGAUGGGAACCAGAUCAAUCGGUUCCUUACAGAGGACGUCACGAAGAACAGACUACCCAAACUAGACGGGAUGGUGACGGGGCAGAGGAGGAUAGUAUUACUUUCCAAUCCAAAAGUGUAUCUUUCAAACAUGUGUACGGGAAAGAAAAUUUUGAAUUUUUCGUGGGCAUCAAAUCUCCAUUUAGCCAAAAUUAUCCUGCCAGUUUCACAAUCGAUGGUCAAACCUUCACCAGUGCUGAACACUUCACACUGUACCAGAUGGCCGUGAUAUUUGAAGACCAGGAAUGCCAGGAGAAAAUCAUGUCCACAAGUGACCCAAAAAAACAGGAGCGCUAUAGCAGAAAAAUCCGCAACUUCCGGUGGGACGUAUGGAAACAGAAACGCGUACAAGUUGAACGCGCCAUCAUCGAAAAGUUUUCUCAGAAUUCCGACCUGAAGGAGCAACUGUUCGCCACGUCCCCAAAACUGUUAGCUGAGUGUAAUUAUAAGGACGUCUUCUGGAGUACUGGCUAUGGUCUAGGAUUUGCAAAGAGGGAAUCAGAAGCAUGGGACACAAAUAAGUGGAGAGGGUGGAACGUAUUAGGCUACACUUUGACUGCUGUGAGGGACAGACUUAUGGAUGAGAAGAUUCUGAUUGAAGGAGACGGGGCCGUGGGGGAAACUGCGGUGGGCGGAGAAGGAACUCAGCAAGACAGGGAAACACGAAUAUAGUAGUAAAUGUGGAAAUACGAAGAACUGAUGGGGAUAAGGUAGAGGAAUACCAGUAACAACAAUCAAUCAUACAUGAGUGGGAUAACAUGAGUAAGUGUUGACAACAGGAAGAUAAUACUGUCACAACACGAUGGACAGAGAACACAUAGGUGGAAGCCAAUGGGACAUGAUGCCAAUUAAACAGGAUAAGUGAUUGUUGCUUGAUGAGUUCAUAGUAGGCGGAUGGGAUGAAAUAGCCUUGAUCUCUGUUGAUUGAUGGCUUGUGGCAGCGAAUGUGGUCUGCUUCUGUCAGUUUUCUUUUAGUGAAAUCAUAGAGGUUGUUGGAGAGGAUUUGGACGCUGUCCCAGUUGAUGUUGUGAUUAGGACAGUUGAUGAUAUGGCCCGAGAUGGCUGAUAUAAUGGUUGAGGUUUUGCGCUCUUUGAUUCUGGUGUUGAUGGGGCGGGAUGUUUCUCCCACGUAAGAUUGUCCACAGUUGCAGUCAAUUUUGUAAACGAAACGUUUAGGCCCUUGGGGUUCGGUUGUGUUCCUGAGGUUGGUUCUUAGCAGGGUAUUGAGAGAGGUGGAAUUGGUGAGGUGGGUGUCAAUAUUGGCUUGCUGUUUGAGGAGGCGGAUGAUGAUGUGGGAGGCUUUUCCUAUGAUCAGUAUUACAGUAUUAAAGAAGAUGUUAUCCAUAAAAUUGUGUCUAUCCUGUCAUCCGUCAACUUCAAAGUAAUGCCUAUCAAACAAUUCACUGAUGCGGAUGUUGAAGAAGAUGAAAGCAAACCACAUGAAGAACAGGAUGUGAGGGAGAAUUGGGACAGUGAGGAGGAAGAGGUCACACUGGGUGGAAGCGAGAGAAAACGAAGAUGCUGAUAGCACAUUUGCUGGUGACAGGGACGUGAUGGAACAGGAACAGUGUAGGGGAGGUGGUAAAUACUGCCUUUGCCCCUGUGGAUCGAGAAAGAGAAUGUGGCUGGGGGUGACUGACGUUGUCUGCAGUUAUUGCUUGUCCCGGGACAAUAAAAUAUUAUCGUUCUAAACAAUAUGUUAUACUCGUAUAUAAAGUUUUAUGGUAUUCACUGAAAUUGAUAUAGACAGUAUAUUGAGAUAGCAAUUAAAUGCUUACAAAAGA